AUGAGCAUUACUGCAGAUCUGUACUGUGAAGAACUGAACACAAUGGUGGAGAAGAGUCUCAAACCAGCUUUGGUCAAUCGCUCGUUCUCGCUACUCCUGCACGACAACGCGCGACUUCAUACUGCACAACAGACGGUCUCCAAGUUACAAGGGAUGGGGUUGGAAGCUCUCUGUCAUCUCUCUAUGAGUUUUGUGGAUAUCACUGUUUUUCCUGGUAUUACUAUUGACGCGAAUCUUCAAUGCGGACCCCAUAUAUUUAAAUUGGCAAGCAGACUUACUUCUGUAGCAUAUUAUGCUGUAAGAAAGAUUAAAGUCUCAAAAAUGUGGAGACAGCUAGAUUAG